AUGCCUUACUUCGGCCUCACAGGAGGAUGGCUGACUUUCUGGGUCACUGUCGCCUGCGCGACAGACAUGACGCUUUUUGGUUAUGAUCAAGGAGUGUUUGGUGGUGUUGUUGUCACAAAUGACUUUCUUGACACACUCGGCCUCAAUGGACACACAACGCUGGUCAGCACCGUCACGGCCAUCUACGAUGUAGGCUGUUUCUUCGGAGCAAUCACGGCCUUCGUAAUCGGCGAUCCUCUUGGACGUAAAAAAUGCGUCCUCAUAGGUACUACGAUCAUGUCCAUUGGCGCUAUUUUACAGACCUCCUCGUUUACUCUAGCGCAGAUGUUUGUUGGACGGGUUAUCGCAGGCAUCGGGAACGGAAUCAACACAGCUACCGCACCAGUCUGGCAAGGCGAGACCUCGAAAGCAAGCUGGCGUGGAAAGCUGAUUGUCAUCGAAAUGAUCCUCAACAUCUUCGGCUUCAUGUUGUCCAAUUGGGUGACAUUUGGAUUCUCAUAUCUGGGCGGAUCCGUAUCCUGGCGCUUCCCUCUGGCUUUCCAGUUUAUCUUCAUCUUUGUUCUUUACGCUACGGUUCCAUGGCUGCCUGAGUCUCCCAGAUGGCUCAUCGGACGCGGCAGAGUCACCGAAGCCGAACGGAUCAUAGCAGACCUCGAGGCACUGGACAUGACUGAUCCCUUCGUGGUUACUGAGUCCAAGGAUAUCCAAUGGUCCGUCCAGUAUGAGCGAGAAAACUCGGUACGCUGGCGGGACCUUUUGCGUGGCCGCACCGGUCAACAAGGAGGAACCUGCACCAUCCGCCGUCUCAUCCUAGGAAUGGGAACGCAAGCAAUGCAACAGUUGAGCGGAAUAAAUGUAACGAGUUAUUAUUUGCCAACGGUUCUAAUAGAGUCUGUGGGGCUGUCGAACCGGAUGGCGCGGUUGCUCGCGGCGUGCAACUCAGUGAGCUACCUGCUCUUCAGUUUGAUCGGAAUCCCCAACGUAGAACGCUGGGGACGCCGCAAGAUGAUGAUGUACGCAGCCGCAGGCCAAUGCUUCUGCUAUUGCAUCAUUACAAUAUGUAUUCGCUACACGGAUCCCAAGUUUUCGACCUCGGAGCAAUGGGCUGAGGCAUCCAUUGCUUUCUUCUUCUUGUACUACGUAUUCUUCGGCAUUGGCUGGCAGGGUGUGCCAUGGCUAUAUCCAACCGAGAUCAACAGUUUGAGUAUGCGUACCAAAGGCGCUGCUCUUGGGACAGCGACAAACUGGAUCUUCAAUUUCAUGGUGGUCGAGAUCACGCCUCCCGGUAUCAGGAGCCUAGGUUGGCAAUUCUACAUCAUCUGGACCGUCUUCAACGGCGCGUUCGUGCCCAUCACGGCAGACCGCUCGCUGGAGGACCUGGAUCGCCUCUUCAUCGAAAACCACGACAUCUUCGUCUUCCGCCACAAGGACGCCAUCUCCGAGAAACGUCCCGUCAAGUUUAUUGAGCAUGAGAAGGAGGAGAUUCGCCGGAACAGCAGCAUCAGGCCUGAAGAGGUGUCUGCGGUGGCGGAGAAGCAUCGGCGAGAUACUUUGCGGUCGUUCCAGGAUGGAGAGAAUAGGGGCAGGGGCAGAGUGGAGUCGGUUUAA